AUGAGCAAAGGUAACUGGCAACUAAUAGAGAACAGGAAUAAAAUAAAGGUCAAAGCACAAGAAAAUGAAAUAACAUUCAAAGAAUAUAAAUUAUUAGAUAAGGAAAUAACGAAAGCCGCAAGAAGAGAUAAAAACAAAUGGAUGGCAGAUAUAGCAAAAGAAGCUGAAGUGGCGGCAGAAAAAGGAAAGACUCGGAAACUGUAUAAAUUAGUGAAUGAAAUAUGCACAAAACAUAAGGUUGCAAAUGAGCUGCCAGUUAAAAGUACUGAUGGUACCCUAAUAACAACAGCAGAGGGGAAAAAAGACAGAUGGGGAGAAUAUUUUGAACAUCUGCUCAAUAGACCAAACCCAGAGCAACAGGCAGUUCUUGAAGAAGGAAAGAGUUGGUUAUUAGACAUCAAGAAAGAUGCAAUUACUCUAAACGAAGUAAAGCAGGCCAUAAGAAAAUCGAAAAACAACAAAGCUCUUGGAGUAGAUAAGAUUAGUGCAGAAAUGUUAAAGGCUGGUGGAGAUAUAAUAGCAAAACGACUGCAGAAGCUGUUGAAUCAAAUAUGGAAACAAAAUAAAAGCCCAAAACAAUUUAAACGUGGUAUUAUUGUAAAGUUGCCAAAGAAAGGUGAUUUACGUGAUCCAAAUAAUUGGAGAGGUAUAACGCUAUUGUUAAUACCUGGAAAAGUGCUUUGUGGAAUAUUAGCAGAUAGGAUAAGACCAGCAACAGAGAAAGCUUUACGUAAAGAACAAGCCGGCUUUAGACCAAAUAGAGGGUGUAGCGAUCAAAUUUUCACCCUAAGAAGAAUUAUAGAAAAAUCAAUAAACAAAAGAUAUGGUAUUAUUUUGAAUUUUAUUGACUUUGAAAAAGCAUUUAAUUCAAUACAUCAGGAAUCAUUAUGGGAAAUUCUAAAGUCAUACGGUAUACCAAUAAAAAUCAUAUAA